CAGCUGAAAAGCUUUCUUAGAACUUGAAAACUGCUUAACUUCUAUGCAAGCAUUAAGUAACUAAGAAUGUGUAUCUCAUCGUAUAUGUUAAUACUCUCUCUCUCUCUUUUUUCUCAAGGUUUCCUACUCUCAGUUUCAAAAUCUCUGCAAAAGGUUGAAGAUGAAGAUAUGUUGCUAACCACAUUCAAUCUAGGAAAAACUCUUCAAAAUGGAGAUAGAGCUGGAAAGAGAGGAGCUAUACCUUUGCUGAAGCAUUAUAUGGCUGAAGAAAGCUUUUUGGAUGAAGAGGAUGACAGAAACCCAAAGCUUUUUGGCACAGGCUCCAGAGAUGAUUUCUUAAAUCAUGCUAUGCCAAUCAAUGUGGGCAGGAAGCAACUACCUUAUCUUGCACUGAAGGGAGCCAUGGCUUUUCCAGCUGACACUGAAAUUCAGAAUAUUGAAUCAAUACAGGAAAGAGAGACUGCAGAUGAAGAAAAUUCAGCUAAAUUCCCUAUAGGAAGGAGAGAUUUUGACAUGCUCAGGUGUAUGCUGGGAAGAGUCUAUCGACCUUGUUGGCAAGUCUGAAAAUGACUGACCUACACCACCUUCUUUGAGAAAGAUUAAACAUUUUAUUAUGAAUUUAACAUGAUUAAAAGUUAUUGUGCUUUAGUGU